AUGGCUUGCUUUCUUGAUGUGUGUAAGGUGGUGGGUCUUGUUUGUAAUGUUGGGUUGCUUCUUGUUGCACUAGGCUCGAGUUUUCUAGAUAAGGGAGUUGGGACCGAUUCAACUGGAACCCACUUUAGUCCAACUUGUGCACAAACUACAUCACAUCUGCCAGGCUUUGGUUAUAUGCCCAUGGCAAGCAGAGCCGCUAUAAAGAAGCUAUGGCAGUAUGCGUAUAGCCACUUGCAUCCUACUGGUAAAGUAUAUGAACGACAGCAUAAGCUUGUUGGAAUUGCAUUUGGAGGAACUAUGGGAAAUGAGAGAGUCUUUGUCGAUGAAGAUUUUGCUAGUGUUUCCAUUCGCCAUCAUGCCACUGACAAAACUUACCAACCCGAUUCCCUCUUCCCAGACCAGGGGUUCCUACCUGUUGAAGCUUUGAUUUCGGAAAUUGAAGUUUGGGGAUUAGGUGGGAAAGCAGCUAAGGAAGUGCAGAGUUCAUACAAGAAGAGAGAGGAGCUUUUCACAGAGCAAAGACGAAAGGUUGACUUGAAAACAUUUGGAAGUUGGGAUGACUCGCCCGAAAAGAUUUGA